ACUCGCUCUUGUCUUCACGAACUGUAGGCCUCCCUAAGGUCCACCAUCCCGAGUCGCUGAAGAUGCCGGACGGCUCGCGACCACCAGAUCAGCGAGACAAUCCAAUCUCCGCUCCCGGGAACUCCCAUGAUGAAGCGCCAGCCUCCGGACCAGAGGGCGUCCCUAAACCAGAUACUGGGAGAGCGGGCGCCCCGGAGGACCGCAGGAGCUUCUUUGGUAUGAAGCAGAGCGUCCUGCCGCAAGCGAGAGCUGCCAACCCAUUCGACUACGAACAGAAGUACGACGAGGAUGAAUACUGUAAAGAGAUGGCCCCCAACGCACGGUUUUGGAGAGUAUAUCUUGACGAGGGGCAUAUUUACGACACGGAGAUGAUCGAGGGAUGGAGGGAUACGUUGGACGUGCUCUUGGUUUUCGCUGGUCUCUUCUCCGCCGUCGUCACGACGCUGGUCGUCCAGUCAUCUACGGCCCUCAAGCCCGAUUACGCGCAGAUAUCGGCGUCGCUCAUGAUCGAACUCAUCGGCAUCCAGAGAGCGCUGGCGAAGGGGUCGGAGAUCGAUGCGGUGUCCCCCUCUGCGUUGGGAAUCGACACCCUCACUGCGUCAGCACUAGAUUACUGGUGCAACGCGUUCUGGUUCAUCAGUUUGACUCUGAGCCUUUCGGCGGCGCUCAUGGCGGUGCUCGUCAAACAAUGGCUUCAGGCCUACAAAAGCAAUACCUUCGGAACUCCGAAGCAUCAGGCCCUCGUUCGCCAGUUUCGAUUGGCCGGGAUAGAGCGAUGGAACGUACCUCUCAUCGUCGGCUUGCUGCCUAUGGUUCUGCAUCUUGCUCUCUUGCUCUUCUUCGUUGGUCUUACGCUCUUCAUCUUCACGCUGAGCUCCGCCAUUGCAUCGGUCGUCAUUGCACUCGCCAUCAUCAUCUACUCCGUCUACCUGGCGACUAAUAUCCUCCCUAUGCGUGAACCGGGGUGCCCGUACAAGACACCACUGUCUCACUACGGAUACAUCGCCGUGCGAUAUGUGGCCACACAUACAGCUGAGGCUCGACCUUUAUCAUGGCUUCGAAAGACCUGGCAGACGAUCGCAAAAUUCCGUCUUCCUAUCUCCCGGCAAGAUACAGCUGCCGAGCACCCGACGGAGCCACCAACAGCACGCGCAGAUAGCGCACCGUCAGACUGGACGACUCGCCAUCGGGAGACCGAGGCUAUCAAAGAGCAUGAGGAUUCGCUGGUGGUAGACUGUAUCACCUGGCUUUACUCAGCGUCGUCCAAUCCUACGGUGUCCAGCAUCACGGUGCAAGCCGUGGCUGGCCUUUCGGUAUUGUCCAUCUCGAUUCUACGGUCACAACAAAGGCACUGCAAAAGCAUCAGCGAGUCCCUUUUCGCAAGGCUGCAGUCACUUUCCUGGACGUCCGAUGAUCAGAAGGAGAAGUACAGGUCCCUUGAGGAGCGCCUCAUGCGCAGCUUGCUGUUCGUUGACGAACAAAAUCUUACAGUGUACAAUACGUCCGUCCGGCGUGAUUGGUUUUAUGACAUUCCAUGGUUCGUCCAGCGUGUUGACGACAGCUCGUCAAUCGGAAAUAGCAGCAUGCUCACCUCUUACUGGGUUCUAUGUUCCAAGUCCAAGGACUUGCCGGAUGUAUACGAUUCAGACAGAUCCGUGCGUUAUACCCAAAGCCACAUCCUGGAUCUGCGACUACAUCCACUGGUUUGGACUCGUGCACUAGACAGUCUCAGGCUCAUCCUUUGGUUCGAUUUGUACCGACUCGGACUGGGGCCUCGACUGGUGUUCAACCUGGCACGUGCUACAUUGGCACUCUCUAGCACAGAUUCUAUGGACAGUCAAGCUAUAACAUUGGGUGCUGCAUUAUCGUCGUCAAGUGCCGAUUUGCGCUCGUUCCUUGAAGGCUUGAGCAAACUGCUGAACCAUAAAUAUGAUUGUGAUGACUGUCUCAACGCGAUGUAUCCCUUUAACUCCCAGUUACUAGACCAAAUCCUUGCUAAGUGGCUCGAAGUAUCACGCAUGCAAUGGCUUAGCGAUCCAGAUUGGCGAGCAGCUGAACAGUUCAUGCUCUUCACGCACCAAUGCAUAGCGAAGACACGCCGCCACGCCUGCGAUCUUUACCCCAUCGUGACUGCCACUUUGCCUGGCCUUCUUCCAUCGGACAUCGCGCCUUUGACUGGGCUGCGCAGAUACAAGGAACUCUUCGACCCAACAUCACUCCGGAAACUACUGCUGUAUCUCGCCAAUCCCUUCCAAACACAGCCUGGCAUGGAGUGGGAGAGCAGACCGCCGCCGCCGCGUGGGGAUGGCGCACGCUCUUCCCGGUACGAUAUGGACUGGUAUCUGCUAUUCAGAAACAGUCUUCUCUCUUGGAUCCCUCUCCUCGCACAUGACCUACUGCUGGACGUGUUGCAGGGUGAUCUGUUAGCUCACAUUGGCCCUCACGCGCUUCGUCUCUUGAAGCACUCAAUGAGUCUGUCAUCUGGAGUCAGUUAUUUUCUGACGCGAUACCUGGAAGAUCUAACGGAGUUCUUUCAUGGUAAGAAGAAACUGGCAAACGGCACCUCUCUCUCGAAGGAGGAGAUGCAGCGCCACAUCGACUACGUAUUCUCCCAGCCCCUAGACGCCCCCUUGCGCCACAUAUCCUGGAUCGUGGCUGUCCAUAUCUACGUUGGAUCGUAUCUCAGUAAACAGCGUGAACCUCUGUUGGAUUUGGCCCGCCAAACAGCCAAGUCUCACGCCCUAGUAUGGUCUGAAAUCCUAUCGGACCUGGCAAACGACCCGUAUGGGCAUUAUAAUUGGACAUCACCCAGUCACCAUGGUUCCACUAGCGCGAGUGCAUACCAUGAGCUGGCCAAUGUCCUGCAGGGGGAGAUCUCUGCCGCGGGCCUCUCCAUACCGAAGAAAAUUCAGCUGAAAGUGGAUGCGUCCGCGGCGCGGCGAUUUCAUGAGGGCAUUUCACGCAACUCUCGAGGCGCCAACCGCUCGAGGAACGUGGCAAAUGGUCCUGACCUAAUCGAGAUUCCUGCGGAAGAGGAGGGACACGCAGGAUUCCCGGUGCACGUGAGGUUCUGGCUUGACCCAAAGCUUGCAGGCAGAGAUCGCCAUCCCAAGGGAGGCGAUGCGGGAGGAGGGGCCGACGUCGGGCGCGAAGGUGACUCUGUCAUAGCCGGAGCAGUCGCAGCACGCGCACCGAACGACUAUACGCGCGAGCCGCUCGUGUCACUUCACCAUGGCGCCGAGCAGCAUGCAGGGCUGGCGGACAUCGUAGCCGAUGAGAAAGGAGAAGGUCUAGGGGACAUCGCACGCGUAGAUGAAGGAGGAGUUUCAAGGGUCGCCGGCGCUACAGAAGCUGGUCGCGGCGGGAACGAAGGCCACGGCGAAGUAGAGGCGGCGGGAGACGAGUACGAGAUGCGCCAGUUCGCGCCUGAUCAGGAGAUGGGACAUGAGCGUUGAGCGCUGGGUGGAGGCGGACAACCGACCAACGAUAAUUAACCCAGCAGAUAAUUUGUCGUAGCUAUCUGCCUCGCGCAUUCAGUGACAGUAUCGAAGCAUGGGUCCCAGUAGUCCUUACCUUAGCCCACAAGCCUUCAAAGAGGAUAUUAUGG